AUGUAUUUAGCUUUGCAGAUUGCCUUUGAUUUAAUUCCCCAAAAUGGAAUUAAUGUAAAUGAACCGAUAAUAACAUCUGGAGAAUUUGCAGGAUUCACAGCAUUGCAUGUUGCAUGCAUGAAAAAUAAAGAUGACUUGGUGGAGUUGCUAGUUAAUAAUUAUAAAGCAGAUGUAAAUGCAAUGGCUGCUGACGGGACUGAACCCAUUCAUUUGGCUUGUUUUUAUGUACCACUAGACGGACAACGCGAUAUGAGGUUCAUAAUAAGAACAGGCAUUAAGACAAUAAAAAUAUUGGUGGAAGCUAAUGCAAAUGUUAAUGCUAAAUUCGGGGAAGGAAUUUUUUCAAAGCACGUCAAAAACAGAAAAUGGUGUCCCGAUUUUGGAGACAAAAUCCCACUAGUUGCAUAUGCUGUUAUUUAUGAUAAACCAUUAAUAAUUGGUCUGCUAAAAAAAGUCAACGUAGACAUUAUAAGUCUUAAAAAUAAAACAUUGCUGAUGUACCUUGUUGAACAGCGUUGUGAAUUAUUUAUUUCAGACAUUAUGUCUAAUGUUGAAGAUCCUGAAUUGAUGGAUAAGUUGAUGAACCACCGCGAUGAUGAUGAUGAUGUACCACUAUCUCAUUAUCCACUCCAUCCUAAACAAUAUGGAAAAUUUCAAUACGUUAAACAUUUCGUGCUCGAUGAUUAUGACUAUUUCGAAUCGGAUUUUUUUUCUGAGCUAUCAAAUUGGGGGGCUGAUAUGCAUGCACUGAUAAACAAUGACCCAAUAACAUUUUUGCCGAAUCUAUUAGCUUACAGAAGUUGUCCAAUGCUCGAGGAUUUAUUGCCUUAUUAUACUUCUAUGUCUUUACCUAGAGUUUUAUACUACGCCACGCUUCCUGUAGAUGAAAAUUCUGAGCAUUUAAUAAAGACCAAUUCAAACCGUGAGCGACUUACUUAUCUAGAACGAAUCAGAAGAAAUCAAAAAGAAUGUAUAGCUAUUGUUUUAAAAGAUCUGGUCUUUAGGAGUGAAUUCAGAUCACCUGUUCCUGAACAAGAAGCUAAAUUGAUGGAUGAAUUAAUUGCCAAGGAUGAAUAUUUCAGGAAGAUUGUUGAUGACUUUAAAAGAAAUUUCAUUGAAAAAGAAUUCCAAGAACGUUUUAUUGAAUUCGGUGAUAAUAAAAUGACAAUGUAUGAUCUUUUUAAGCAAGUUUUUGAUGAUAAAAAAGUAAAAUUGUUGGCGCGAGAGGAGAAUUUACUGGAUGCCCUGGAUGAAAUUGUCUGGCAGAAGGUUAAUGUCACGAGAUUUCUCUACUCUGAUAUCUAUCGAGAGCCAAUCAAACUCAGAAUAAAAAAUGCUAAGGAAAGAGUAAGACUUGUUGAAAAUUUGAAGAAAAUUUCAUCACUUAGAGAAGCUAUACCGUUACCGUUUGAAGUGGUAUUAGACAUUGUUGAUUUAGAUGAACAAUUUUCUAGGUUUCGCUAA